AUGCGCCGCACGCAAUGCGCGCAAGUGGGAGUUUCUGCUUUCCUCCCCUUCUGCGUGCUGCUGAUCGAUGCCGCAAUCCGCUACUGGACCACCGAUUACACCCAACUCGAGACUUUCUCCAAGUCGGCGCCUCGUCAGCAGUGGAAGUCGCCCGUCCUCACUUACGGCUUGCUGUCUUUGGCUUGGAGCGUCGCGGCAAUGCUUGCCGUUGAUAGUGCCCGGGUGAAAACGGGCACAAUCUGCCUUGUCGGGAAGCAUAUGGAGGCACAUACUCCAUUCCUCCAGGUCGUCAUGUGUAUUAUGGAUGGUAUCAUUAUUGCUGAGUUGUCGAGCCUGCGCCGCGGUCCUGGCGACGAGCCAGUUGACAUAUCCAAGUUCUUCUCCGUGUUCUGCCUCGUCGCAAGCGGGUUCAUGGCUAUCAUUGCCCUCUUUUUCAUGAUUUUCUCGACUCAACAACUUCACUUGAGUUCUGUUGCGCGUCGGGAUCUAUUUUUGGAUACAUUGAUGGCCUCGGUUGCGAUCGCCUGCGCCAAGACCCUCCUCACCUGGCUUCAUCCAACAACGGUUGCGAUGUUGACUACAGGUCUGACCUUAUUUGGAUAUCGGUUCAGGGCGCUGGACAGCUCGUUAACCCUUCCUCCAUUAUCACAGGCAUAUAUCUUUCAGACGACUGCCGUCACGACAGGUCUUAGCGGCGCCUGGUUCGCCAUGGUCUUCUACUCUAAAUCAGCUCCUCGCUCCUCUACGACCGUGCUCUUGCAUCGCUGCUUGGUCCUCGGGUAUCUGGCAGCAAUUGCCAUGUUAAUUACCUUCUCCGUCUUCUUUUCCAUUAACAACACACAUGUCUCUCUCCCUGCUUCUGCGAAAAUGAGUAAAACACUCGAUGAAGCCGUCACGCAGUACCAGAAUCGGCACUUCCUGCCUCCGCCACCCAACUUCGACAAAUGGUAUGAGUUUGCAAUGAGCCGCAGCUCACAGGUGAUCGAUUCUUUCGGCCAGAUAUUCGACGAUCUGAUCCCAUACUGGGGUCUCGAACCAGCCGAGAUUCGCGCUCGCACCGCUCACCUCUCCGAGUUCCCGGAAAUGGGCAUGGCUGCAUUGCAGAUCAGGAAUGGCACGCUGAGGCAGUCGCCUCAUAUCCCAGGAACCCACCACUGGAUGACGGAUUCGAUCGAGAAGAUGAUGGAGCCGUUUAUUCAGUACCUGCCCGACAUGGACUUUGUGAUUAACCUUGCAGAUGAAUGCCGCGUCCUGCCCCGGUACGAAGAUGUGCGGGAUCUAAGGUCAAAUGGAAGGGCCGCACACAACAAGGUCGCACAGCGAUGGAAGGACUUGCAGGAGAACAGGAAUGUGGAGGGAGGACCAUUCAGGACAUGGACGAACAACACGGAGUGGCCGCAGGACUUCAUGGAACCUCGUAAGAACCCAGACGGCUCCUUCGCCACGUCGGCGCACUUCGUCGAGACCAUACGUAAACAGCUUUACUACAAGUGGAUCGCCGACGCAUGCCCGCCAGAGUCGGCCGCGCGCAAUAGCAGGUGGUGGGAUUGGAGCACUCUCUGCAUGGAUUGCAUCGAGCCGCAUACUGAACUGACCACCGGCGGGGCCGUGAUGGCACACAACCCUCCGCCGCAGGGGAUCUGCUACCAGCCCGACCUGGCGUACCUAAACGGCUUUAUCAGGUCUCAGACACAGGCCACUACGAAGACCCUGCUCCCCGUUUUCAGCCAGGCCCGUGUGGACGGAUUCGCGGACAUCUUAUUCCCCUCGCCAUGGAAUUUCGUUGACAAGACGGAGUACAGAGAGGAUACGGAUAUUGAAUGGGGGCGCAAGGGAAACAGCCUGUUCUGGCGCGGUUCGAGUUCGGACGGGAUAGCGAGGGACGGAGGGUGGAAGGGGUUUCUACGCGCCCGGGCGGUCCACGAGAGCUACCAGGAGGCGCGGAAGGGCAGCCGCGACGCCAUCACCCCUCGCGUGAACGUGUCGUUUGCCGGGGAGAUCCACAAGUGCGACUCGCCCGACUGCGGGCAAGAGUCCGAGAUGUUCAAUCUGUGGAGCGGCACCGUCAAGCCCGAGGGCGAGGCAGAGGAAGGGUACGACCUGGGCAGGGCCUCGGCGCCGUUCGAGGAGCACUGGCGCCACCGGCACCUCCUCGACAUGGACGGCGCGGGCUUCAGCGGACGGUUCAUCCCCUUCCUCGAGAGCCGCAGCCUCCCUCACCGCGCCGCCCUGUUCCUGGCCUGGUUCGACGAGCGGCUGCAGGAGUGGCAGCACUACGUCCCCGUCGACACGCGCCUCGGCCGCGGGUUCUGGGCCGUCCUCGACUUCCUCUCGAGCAGCGAGGUGGUGGUCGAUGACGCGGGGUUCAGGCAGACGGGGGACGAGAUGGCGGAGAGGAUCGCCGAGCAGGGUCGGGACUGGGCAAAGAAGGCCCUGCGGAAGGAGGACAUGCAGAUUUACAUGUUCCGACUGCUCUUGGAAUACGGCCGGGUCGUGUCUGACGAUCGCGAAGCGUUGGGAUAUACUGGGACUGGGAUCCCGGACUGGUAG